UUUUACUUCUUUAGUAAUUUGUUCGUCUUUUGAAGAAUGGCUGCGUUUGGUAAAUUUGCUAUUCGGGCAUUAAAUUUAAACCAAAGUUUGCGACCUUUACAAAGAAAUUUCCAUAAAUUUCAAAGCGCAAAAAAUGUGCCAAAAAGUUAUUCAAAAUAUUUAGUGUUUGUGGGAGGCGGUGUGACUGCGUUAAUAUGUGCCAAUUAUAUGAAAUCGGAACGAGUGGGAGCUUCUAUUCGCAUGCGAAAGGCCGAAGACGAGAAUUUGCUAAAGAAACUGACGUCACGUGAGCGGCGCUUCAUCAAGUUCGCAUCGGUCGAGUACCAAGGGCAAUUGUAUAUGACGCCUCAGGAUUUUCUGGACUCUGUGGUUGAGCAGGAGCCAAGACCUCGUUUGAAACGACGCGCCUUGAGCGACCAGGACUUGCAAGUGAUAAAAGACAACACACCCCCUUUAAAGAAGGGCACGAAAAUGCUGUUUCGAACUCUACGUGACAGAGGCAUUGUCUCCUACACAGAAUAUCUCUUCCUCUUAUCCGUUUUAACAAAACCCAUUUCCGGUUUCCGCAUUGCAUUUAAUAUGUUCGAUACUGAUGGCAAUCAUCGUGUUGAGAAGGACGAAUUUCUAGUGAUUUUAAGAAUUUUGGGUGGGACUUUCAAGCAGUCCAAAAUCGAUGAAGAAACACGCAAACUUAUGGAGCGAAUUUUUAGUGGAACUUGGAAGGGUAAACGAAGUUCAAAUGGCGAUCGAGAGAAAAAGCAAACGAGAGAGGAACCAAUAAAGCGCACACAGGACGACUACAUUGAUGACGACGAGGGUCUGCAACGCAAACACCGCAUCGAUACCACUUUACAAAUACAUUUGUUUGGCAAGAAGGGCAAUCAGGAUCUCAAUUACGAUGGAUUUUACAAGUUCAUGGACAAUCUGCAAACGGAAGUGCUCGAGUUGGAGUUCAAUGAAUUCUCGAAGGGCAAUGUUGCGAUCACCGAAAAUGAUUUUGCCAAAAUUUUGUUACGCUACACCUAUUUGAACACGGAGGAGUAUGAUGCCUAUUUGGACCGUUUAAUGGAUCGCGUUAAGGAGGCGCGUGGCAUAACAUUUGACGAGUUUCGUGACUUUUGCCGUUUUCUCAACAAUCUGGAGGACUUCGCAAUCGCUAUGCGCAUGUAUACACUGGCUGAUCGUGCCAUCUCGCAGAGUGAAUUCUCGCGCGCUGUGAAAAUCUGCACCGGCUUUAAGCUCAGCAAGCAUCUGAUCGACACUGUUUUCGCCAUUUUCGAUGACAAUGGUGACGGUAUGCUUUCGUACAGGGAAUUCAUUGCGAUCAUGAAGGAUCGUGUGCAUCGUGGCUUCAAAUCCAGCUCCAAGGGUGAAGGCUGGGAUGCUUUCCGGCAUUGCGUGAAACACGAAAUGAAGCACUCCGAUCCGCAGUAGAAGAAGUGAAAGACACCAGCAGCAGCCUAACAUCGAAUAAAAGCCAAGACACACUUUUUUCUAAAAAUUAAAGUGGCGCAUAAAAUAGCUAGCGAAAACAUAACUACUUAAAUAUCUAAAAUUUAGUUUAAAAAAAAUAUUAAGACAAAACAUUAUUAAGAGAAAUACAUACAUAUAUUGCGAAUAUGUAUUAAAAAACGAAUGAAGAGUGACCAAAUGUAGCGCCCAGUAGGCAAGCCAAAGGUAAUUUAGCGAAUGGUCGUUUAGUAUUUUUUAUUCAAAAUUAUUUGUUUGUCAAAAUUAUUGUGUAUUUUUUAUUUAACUGUAAUUUAAUAUGAUUUCGAAUUUUUUUAUGCUUAUGUGUACAUACGUACAGCCAUGGACAAAAGUAUGUGCACAAAGUUGAAAUAAAUCGCAUGAGUUCAAGUGCUUGCAUUAAUGUGAAGCAUACCGUUGGUGUCUUUACAGACUCUGACUAGCUCAACAGCAACAACAUUUUUGUUUAACAACAACAAACAAACGCUUUCUAGUAAACAUUGUAAAUACUUUGCGUAAAUACUUUUGGCUAUGAGUGUAUAUCACUAAUCAAAUGUUUCUAUAUCGAAAAAAAAAUUUUAAACGCACAGUAUUUCUUUUUUUGUGAAUUAUUUUAUGUACAAGCGCACAUACUUACACAUACUUAUGCACGCAUAUUUUUUGUUGUUGUUGUGAGACAACUAAUUUUGCUUAAGGGGGGUGGGAGCCUGCUUUAGAGGCUUCGAAAAUCGAUUUUUUUUUUUUUGCAUAAAUAUCUUCCCAAACUAUCCAAGAAUGUGUUCCUAAAAUUUCAGAAGCAAAUUCAAAAUAUUUUCGGAGUUACAGAAGAAAUUGUGAGCAAGCGUCGAGCAGGUAUACAAGCGGCCGGAUCGCUCGAAGUGCGAUUUCUCGAUUUUUUAUUUUUACGAUUUUUACUAAUUGGCGGGAAAGAUAGGGAAAAAGUUAAACGUCCUAUCGAAACGAGAUAACAUUGAUUGUAUUCGGAAUUAAAUUCUCUUCUAGUUGAACCUAAAAAACCUUAAGAAAGUUAUGAUUGACCCACUUUUUAAAUCUAAAGUGAAUUUGUUUUUCCAAAAAAAAUAAAAAAUUGUUGAAUUUCUCACUUUUUGUUUAAUUUUCUUGGUUUAACUAGAAGCUAUACUAUACUAAAAUAAAUUUUUUUUUUGGGUUUUUGGUUUCUGAUGAAAAUUUCGACCUACAUCUUUCCCGCCGCACGACACAUGCACACUCGAGGCGCCUCCGCAAAAUGCUUGUAUGCUUAAUGAAAAAAUGUGAGAAGACUGUUGAAAUAUAUAACAAUAAAACCUGAAAGUUUCGUUUCAAUCGAAUAUUUCUUUCCUUCCCAAAAAAAAAUCCACGAAAAAAUCGAUUUUUUGAAGCCUCUAAAGCAGGCUCCCCCCUUAAACAUUUUUUGCGUUUACAGCAAUUAAUUCUGAGCCAUCAUAAAAAAAGUUAAUCAAAAGAAAAACAUUUUUUGUUGAAGUUAAAAUUUUUCUGAAAUACUUGCUUCUGCCAUAAGUUCUGUUACAAGCUAAGUCCCUUAUAAAUAGCUAUGAAAUUGUAAUACAUUUUUUAAUGAUGUUAGUUUUAUUUAAUUAUAUAAGUAUAAAAAAAAAACAAUUUUUAAUUUUAAUUCGAAAUUGUCACCAUUUGCUUUUUACACACAAUCCUUCAAACGAUUAGGCCGGGCCAUUCAGCCAUUGCAGCACGCACGGUUUCCAUGGAUAUUGGCGUCGCUGCUCGAACCAAAGAUUGUUUGAGACUCUCCAAAUUUCUGUGAGGUCUUCGACCAACCAUGUUCUCCAAUUCUGACCAAAAACUGUAGCCCAAUGGAUUCAGAUCUGAACCUCCAGACGGCCAAUUUCCUACGUCUAUGAACCCAGGAAUAUUGUUUCUUAGUCAUUGCUGGGCGGUUUUUGCCUUAUGGGCUGGAGCGGAAUCUUGCUGAAAGAUCCCAAGCUCUCCAUUGAAGAGAGUACUGCUCAACUGCUUCACCACACCU